UGCUGUGCUGUGCUGUGCUGUGCUAUGCUAUGCUGUGCUAUGUUAUGAUAUGAUGUAAGGUAUAGCAUUGUAUGGCAAGAUAUACGGCACGGCAUCGCAUGGCAGGGAAUGACAUGAUAAUGUCAUGAUAUGGUACGAUAUGAGCUCAGGGGGAUAUAACCUUCCGCAGAAAGACGUACGAAUCGAGCUCAAAUUUUAUACGUGCGAUGGAGAAGCGCCUAAUCGCUACACAACUGAGCUGAGUUGAAUCCCUUUUUUCCUUUCUAUUCUCAGGAGAGCUGAGCCUAGUUUCCCCUCUGGACUACGAGGAAAGACGGUCGUUCACACUCUAUCUGGCAGCCCGUGACAAAGGUGUAGACGUCCAGAACGUUGCUGUCACAAGUCUGAACAUAACUGUGGAAAAUGUCGAUGAUGUGUGUCCGAUUUUUGCUCGUAGAUAUAUAAGAAAAAGCAUGUUGGACUGUUCUGGGUCAGUUCUGACUAUUUAUCUUCAUCUUCGUGACUUGAACGACAACAGGCCGGUGUUCACCAAAACCUUCUAUGAGACGUACCUCUCUACAGCGAUGCUCAAACCCAAUGCAAGCAUAGCCCAGGUGAAGGCCGUGGACAAAGACAGCGGUGAGAAUGGACGAGUGACCUACAGCAUUUCCCACAACGAGAACCAGAACUUGUCUCUGUGGGUGGACAGAAACGGCGUUGUGAAGGUGAAAAGUGUCAGGGAGGAGCCUGAAAUGGACCAGGUGCCUGACCAGUCCUACACCCUUUGGGUGUCCGAAAAAUGCGUGACUACUGACGGGGUCUUUAAGAAUCUGGCAGAAUUAUUCCAAAAACCGAUUUUCCGAGAAUCGUCUUACCAAUUAUCUGGAAAUCCAGUUUCAAGAAACCGGCACUUCCUCUCUCGCCUGCCUUUUUCAAAGAGAGGUUUGCACUGGCAGCUGUGGGAAAUGCGACAGAAAUGUGGUAGCAGCUCUUCAAAACUUUCAAAGGCCAUUAAUAAAAUCCUAGAGGCUUGGAUAGAACGAGUUUCCCUUAACGGUGGAAGAGGAGAAGAAGAAAAUAACAGAUAUGACAAUGGACAUCAUUACGACUACAGGCAAACCAAUGGUAAAGAGAAAGAGUUCAGGGAUAUUAUACAUAAGUUGAAUGCAAGCUGGGCAUCAAACGGUACGUUUUCGCCCAACCACGUCGAAAAACUGGUCAGGAGUUUGAAGGAGGUUUUUCACCCACCUCGUGAUUUAGAGGACCCUUGUGGGGCCGACGUGACGUCAGUAUCAGGUCCGCAACCGCCUGUGGGGGACUCUAGAGACAACGGAAAUGGACCUAAGAGUAAGACUGCGAUGGGCAGCUACAGUUUCGACGCAAACUCGUACAACUGGUUCCACCUAGCUGAAAGAAUGUUCCAGAACGUCACAAAAGCGCACAGUUCUGGCUUGGAGCUUUUGCCCUGGUCGACACUUCACCGCCUCGCGGGAAACGGCCAUGACAGUGGCGCCGCGAACAACGACAAGGAUAUCGUGAACAUAUACUGCUUCGAGAGAGCCUUCUCUCAGGGCAUCCACCAGACGGAUCAUCCCGCUCGGAAUCCGUGGGAGGUGCUGGCGAGGUUUAUUAGAGAAUACGUCGUUUGUGAUUCGCAAAAUGCUGCACGUCACCAUGGGUCGGGAGGACAGCACCAUCAUCGCCGAAGUCAACGAAAACAAAAAGAAGAAAAAAAAGGAAAAGAAAAACAG